AUGAGUGUUGUUGGGAGAGAGAGCUCAAUAGUAGAAAAAUGGUUACCGCUUGUAGCAGUUGUGCUACCAAAUAUAGCGAUGGGGUCGGUGAAUGCACUUGUGAAGAAAGCUCUUGAUGGUGGUGUGAACCAUAUGGUCAUUGCUGCCUAUCGACUGGCUAUUUCCGCUUUCUUUUUGGCUCCUCUCGCUUAUUUCUUGGAAAGGAAAACAAGACCCAAGAUAACGUUUAGGCUAAUGGUCGAUCAUUUCAUCAGCGGUUUGCUUGGGGCAAGUUUGAUGCAGUUUUUCUUUUUGCUUGGUCUAUCGUACACGUCAGCAACUGUUGGGGCUGCUUUUCUAAGCAUGAUCCCUGCAAUUACCUUCGCUUUGUCCCUUAUUUUAAGGAUUGAGAGUGUGAGAGAACUAAAGACCAAAGCAGGGAUGUUAAAAGUGUUGGGAACUUUGAUUUCCAUAGGUGGAGGGUUAUUCAUAACAUUUUACAAAGGUCCUCAAAUAUCACACCCUCACUCUCACCCAGAGGCUCUUCACCACAACAAUAACAAGACCAAGAAUUGGCUUCUUGGAUGUCUCCUCUUAGCCAUAGGUUCCACGUUUUUUUCUGUAUGGAUGCUGUUUCAAAGGACUUUAAACAUCAAGUAUCCUUGCAAAUACUCAAGCACUUGUCUCAUGUCGGUUUUCGGUAUGUUCCAAUGUGCUCUCUUGAGUCUCUACAAGAAGAGAGAUGUCAAAGAUUGGGUCAUUGAAGAUAGAUUCGUCAUUUUCGUCAUUAUAUACGCUGGAAUAGUGGGACAAGCGAUGCCGACAGUAGCAUUAUCAUGGGCGAUAAAGAAAGUAGGUCCUGUUUUCGCAUCAACAUUUGCUCCCGUUACUCUCAUCGCAGCUACUUUAUUCGACUUCCUCAUCUUACACACUCCUUUGUACCUCGGCAGUGUACUUGGAUCCGUGGUGGCAUUAACGGGUCUCUACCUGUUCUUGUGGGGUACGAACAAACAAUUGAAAGCAGCAGCGGCGUUGAGUCCUCCGAUCCAAACCGAAGACAAAAAUAAUUACGAUGGUGAUAAUAACCACAAUAACAGCUCUAGGGUGUCCGUUUAA